AUGUAUCUCGCUCGUAUACUACAUUCGUUAUUAAUAUUCAUCUUAAUAGGAAUAUUUGCAUUUAAUUUGUUUAAAUCUUAUCAAGGUUAUAACGAAAUAACACAAAAAAUUCAAGUAAUAACUUUAGAUAAAUUGGUUCCACCUGCGUUAACAUUUUGUACAACAAAACCAGUGAAUUAUGACUUUGAUAUAAGACUAUAUAAUGUAUCGGUUAACAGAGGUUUAUAUUUAAAACCAUAUGCCCCGGAGGAAGACGAAUUAAAAUUUAUUAGAAACCAAGUAUCACGUUGUUGGGUACUAAGUCCACCCAUGAAUGAUGAUAGAGCUAUCAUUAAAUUUCCUCCACCAACUUCAAAUGUACCUGAUUUGGAAUUUAUAACCGAAAGGACAUUUUCUCCGGAUGGUAUAGAAAAUUCUCAAGCUCCAUUAUUAGUUAAUAUAUUUGAUCCUUUACAAAGUAAUAGUUCAUUCGACUUUAACAGAUUUUUGUUAUUGGCACCUGAAGUUAAUAGAGCUAUACAAUUUACAAGGACCGUAAAUCUUGACUUAAAAGGAAAUGUUAAGAGGACCGAUGUUAAAUAUAAUAUUGUCGAUGAAUAUAGAGCUCCCACAGAUUCAUCCCCUGGUAGAUCUAUUAAUCGAUUCACUUUUCGUGCGGUUUCAUUUGAUGUAGUUCAAACACAAGAUGUACAGAUAGUAACAAUCUGGUCAAUAUUAAGCAAUUGUUUUACAUUAUUAGGUGUAUUAAUUGGUAGUGUAUAUUUCCCAUUCGUUGGUCAUGGUAAAUAUAGACCGUGGGGUUAUAUAAAUCGAUUGAUUGGUUAUUAUCCUAUUGAGCAUAUAAAAAGAUCUUAUUUUGACAAAGAUUCAAGGAAUGAUUUAGAACAAAAUAAUGUUCCUAAACUUGAUGAAAGGUUGGAGAUCUAUUUAGAGAAAUUUGGACGCUCUAGAUAUGAAUAG